AGUCAAAGAACCCACACACGUGUACAGUGUAGAGGUUUAAGUUAGUUUAGUUUACUCACCACCACCAGCCUGAGCUUAUCCUAGUCUAGUCACUCCUAGCCCCUCGUCCCAGGGGCUCAGGGGUUUAUGUAUUACGUCCUAACUCCUGAAGGGGGUAUAAGGGUUAACACCCUCUUAAAGGGACCAACUUUAAACAGUGUGGAAAAGUUUAAGCCGGAGAUCUGAACGGUAGGAUACUGACGCGCCUGUUGCUGCAAAAUUCAGUGCGCCUGAGUCAACUAGGAACCAGGAGUGAGAAAUGUUAACGCCUGGAGAGUUUAAGGAUCCUGCAGACUGGAGCUAAACCCGGAAACAUCAAGAUUCAACAUGGAUGUUCGUCUGAAUAUGAAUUCAAUUCAAACCUUCAGUUCAAACCUUUCUCAGUACACGCCCUACCGACACUGUACAAACAAGUGAUCAGAGUACAUAGUGAUAUAACAAUGAGAACAUGCAGUACACUACAUGUACAUAGUGAAUAUGUAAAUAAACAAAUAUAUGUGUGCUUACCAUUUAGUUAAAAAAUCAGAAUUCGUCAGAAGCUGAAUUAAACCUUGGACAGGUUUAAACUGUUUGUUGAAUCAAGAUAACAUGUUUCUUCCACCAGUCCUUCUCUUAGUUCUAACCGUAUCCAACCUCGUGCUCGGAGUUGUCGAGACCCAGGGGGGACACGGGGUGCAAACCCCCCUCCAAGAAAAGGGGGCGCAACUGCCCCCUCGAGAAGGGAAGAAAGGGGGUUGGAUGGAUACUCUGCUAUCAAUUGCCACCGGACGAGGAUAUCAACAGCCGGAGAUAGAAUACCGAGCUGUUGUGAAGGAGAAGCAGCCCCUCCCAAGAGAGAUGUACAUAACCUCCGACAGGAGGGUGGACGACCUCGAGCGGACUCUUGAGUUCCGGUCUCCGGAACUUCUCGCCCGAUCCCUUCCGGAGCAAAACCGGCGAGUUUCCGGCCAACCGACCAAACUAGGUGAACCGCUGAAACCAUAUAGUUCGGCGGUCCGGCCGGCUCAUGAGACAGAGCUUGGCGGUGGGUUGUCUCGCCUGAUCGGCGGUAUUCUUCCUAAUUCCUACUACAGCCGGCCACAGUUCCGGUAUCCGUAUUAUGAUACUUCCGGAAAGGGUUAUCUUCUGUAUGGAUACGGGGGUAGAGAUCUUUAUGAAUAUUCUGUAUUCAAACCUUUAGAAGGAUACUUCUAGACCUGGAUACUUCUAGACAUGGAUACGGCUAGACCUGGAUACUGCUAGACCUGGAUACUGCUAGACCUGGAUACUUCUAGACCUGGAUACUUCUAGACCUGGAUACUUCUAGACCUGGAUACUUCUGGAUACUUCUAGACCUGGAUACUUCUAGACCUGGAUACUUCUAGACCUGGAUACUUCUAGACCUGGAUACUUCUAGACCUGGAUACUUCCAUGCCUUGAUACUUCCAUGCCUGGAUACUUCCAUGCCUGGAUACUCCCAUGUCUGGAUACUUCCAGCCCUGGAUACUUCCAGACCUCUGGAUACUUCCAGACCUCGAAACUUCUUACUACUCCUGGUUAUACAAUUAGAGACCUUUUGAACUAUGAUAUAAUUCCUUAAAUGGGCAUUAAACGGAUUAUUUAAAUGUACAGUACAGUGUACUGUGUACAGUGUACUGUGCACUGUGUACGCUGUGCUGUGUACGCUGUACUGUGAAGUACAGUACAUGGCGGGUUUCCCGCAUUUACUGAUCAAAGUACCUUAUUCUAUGACUAAACAUGGGCAUUAAUAAUUCUAGUUUAGUUUUAAUUCAUGAUAUUUAUAUUAGGUUAUUUAUUUAUUUAGAUUUUUCAUUAGAAAGCGUUACAUUUUAAUUGGUAUAAGACUUUCUGGUAUUUUAAGAUUAUCUGUACGUGCAAUAUUUCUAGUCACAAAGAUGUCAAUGAUAUCUUUUUUGAAUUGCCUAAUUUCAUUUUAGAGUUGAGCAAUUUAAACAUGACUUUUAAAUAAUUUAAAGCCGGCUUAAACAAUUCUUCAUGAGUAUUAUCUUAGUCUUGAACCGUUGUCAUUGAACAUUACUGGUAAACUGAAUCCAUUCUUGUUUCAUCUGAAAUCAUAUUUUCUAUUUAGCUUAAUUAGCUUUUCCCACAUUUUAUAUCUAAAGAUUAGAAAUAACAAUACUUUU